ACUGUCUUGUUUGAUUGUACGUGGAAAACACGCGCCGCUACUCUUCCCCUUUAUUGUGGGUGUCGCUCGUGAGAGGGAGAGACAUAAGGUUCGACUUUUGAAGUUUCAAAAUCAUUUUCUUCCUCCUUUUUCCCGAACGGCUGAGUUCGUUACCUGAGAAAAUAAGCAUUCAAAAAUAUCCACCAAUCCUCACUUCAGCUUCUCUUGCAGACUGAGAGUGAGGGGGAUUGAUUGGAUUUUGAAGGAGUAUGAGCGUGAUGGGGAGGCAGAUGCCGCGAUCUAAUUCCUCAGUGCACCAUCAGCGUCAGAAUUCUGAUAACUUUCUUGAGACAACUUCUCGUGGAAGAUGGUUUCAGUCGUCCACUUCGACGCAGGAGUUUGGGUCUUAUGUAGGAGGACUUCAGGGGUUUGGAGGAUAUCGGUCUUCCAGCUUGAGGAAGAACGAUGACGAUCAAGUCUUUCCCGGCGGGCUUACUCAUGGCCUUCUUGAUCUGCAUUCCUUCAAUACUGAACUUUUACCUGAGAUGUCUGAUAUUCAUGAUGAGUAUUUAACCAAUCAUCCUGUUCGUGGUAGAAGUUUUGAUGAUUCCGAGCCAUUUUCUUCCUUACCUGUCAACAAAGCUCGGGGCUUCACUGAGACCAAUUUUAAAAGUCUUUCAACAGAUAAAGAGAAAGCAAACAAUGUUGCUAAGAUCAAAGUUGUGGUUCGCAAGAGACCACAAAAUAAAAAAGAAAUGGCAAAGAAAGAGGAAGAUAUCAUCACCAUAGAUUCCAAUGCUCUCACGGUUCAUGAAAGGAAACUUAAGGUUGACUUAACAGAAUAUGUUGAGAAACAUGAAUUUGUUUUUGAUGCUGUACUGAAUGAAGAUGUUUCAAAUGAUAAAGUGUAUUCUGAGACAGUGGAACCUAUUGUCCCUCUUAUUUUCCAACGAACAAAGGCUACUUGCUUUGCAUAUGGCCAAACAGGAAGCGGGAAGACCUAUACUAUGCAACCACUUCCUCUUAAAGCAUCCCAAGAUAUUUUAAAUUUGAUGUAUCAUACAUACCGGAACCAAGGUUUCCAAUUGUUUGUUAGUUUCUUCGAGAUAUAUGGGGGGAAAGUAUUUGAUCUCCUCAAUGAUCGAAAAAAACUGUUCAUGAGGGAGGAUGGGAAACAACAGGUUUGCAUUGUGGGCUUACAAGAAUACAGAGUAUCUGAUGUUGAGGCAAUCAGGGAAUUUAUAGAGAAGGGGAAUGCUACAAGAAGUACUGGUACAACGGGUGCAAAUGAGGAAUCCUCUCGAUCACAUGCCAUACUUCAGCUUUGUGUCAAAAGAGCAGCCGAUGGUACAGAAUCAAAGCCUGCUCGACUUGUUGGCAAGCUGUCUUUUAUUGAUCUUGCUGGAAGUGAACGCGGUGCCGAUACUACAGAUAAUGAUAAGCAGACAAGGAUUGAAGGUGCAGAAAUCAAUAAAAGCUUACUUGCUUUAAAGGAAUGCAUCAGAGCUCUUGACAAUGACCAGGGGCAUAUUCCUUUCAGAGGAAGUAAAUUGACAGAAGUCCUGCGAGAUUCUUUUGUGGGUGACUCACGCACUGUAAUGAUAUCAUGCAUUUCACCGAGCUCAGGUUCAUGUGAGCAUACUCUAAACACUUUACGAUAUGCUGACAGGGUGAAGAGUUUGUCAAAAGGGAAUAGCUCCAGAAAAGAUCCCGUUUCUUCUUCAUCCUUGAGCCUGAGAGAGUCAACAACAUUGCCUUCGUCUUCAAUUUUAUCUAGGGAGGAUGCCUGUGAGGAUGAAAUAAAUUUCAUUUCUACUGACAAGAAUCGUUUUGGUUGGUCUAGACAACUUGAAAGAGAGCCAUCUCCUCCAAUUAAUAUGGAUCGUGUUCCCAGUGGAAGGGUGGGAGGAAAUGUGGCUGCAUCUGUGUAUCCAGACUCACAAAGGGGUCAAAGAGGUGGUCUAAAUGACGAAGCUGAACAUGAAGUUGAUUACCUUAAGCCAACAUAUGAACAAGACAGAAUGAGAAAGACAACUAAGAAGGUAGACACCACUCGAUUAGCUUCUGUGGAGGACAAGAAGAUAGACUCUCAUGUGAAACGUAUGGAUCUGACAAAGGUUAAUAUUAAGAAUAAUCCAGAUGAUGAUCUAAAUGCCCUGUUAAAGGAAGAGGAAGAUCUUGUUUCAGCUCAUAGGAGACAAGUGGAGGAGACGAUGGACCUUGUUAGAGAGGAGAUGAAUCUUCUCAUGGAUGCUGACGAACCAGGAAAUCAACUCGAUGAUUAUAUUAUCAAAUUAAAUUCAGUUUUGUCACGAAAGGCUGCUGGAAUUCUUCAACUGCAGACCCAGUUGGCUCAAUUUCAAAGACAUUUGAAGGAGUACAAUGUUUUGGCGUCCUCUGAUAACUAAGUACUAACCGUGAUUGGGUAAUGAUUAUUGUUUAUUUUUUGUAUUUCUGAGUGACGAAAUGGUACUAUCAACCCAGUGUUGUUCUACGUGCUGUUACUUCCUCAGACAGUCACUUCUGUGACUUGAACUGAAGAUAUCCUUUUCUCGCAAGCUAUUUUUGACGAUCUGAGGAAUGGCCGUUAUAAUUGAAGGGAAGUCCCUGGGAAUUGCUGUUUUUCUAUCGGGAAUCCUCAAGAAAUUUGUUUUCUUUUCUUUUGUUCUUGUUGGAUUUUGUGUUUUGACUAUGAUGUGGUUGUAUACUUGUGUAUUGUCUGCUUGUGCUGUAGAGAUUGUAUAUUCGGAAUGAUUUUUUUUUUUUCGUAGUCACGGUUUAUAAAUCUGAGUGUUUGUUUGGCAUUCUAA